UACAUCAUGGAUAAAUAUGAAAUCAUAAAAAAAAUUGGAGAAGGAUCUUUUGGCAAAAUAUUCUUGGCAAAAGGGAAAAUGGAUAAUGAGCCAUGUGUUAUCAAAGAGAUCAAUUUGARUAAGAUGCCUGUGAAAGAAAAAGAAGCCUCUGAGAAAGAAGUCAUUCUUCUGGCCAAGAUGAAGCAUGCAAAUAUCGUAACCUUCUAUGCUUCUUUGCAAGAAAAGAACAAGCUAUAUAUUGUGAUGGAAUACUGUGAUGGUGGAGACUUAAUGAAGCGGAUAAAUAUGCAGCAUGGAGUGCUGUUUGACGAGGACCAGAUUCUCAGUUGGUUUGUGCAGAUCUCCUUGGGCUUGAAGCAUAUUCACGAUAAGAAGAUUUUACACAGAGAUGUAAAAGCGCAGAAUGUUUUUCUUAGCAAUAAUGGAAAGRUAGCGAAGCUUGGGGACUUUGGCAUAGCAAGACAGCUGAACAGCACUACAGAGUUUGCCCACACCUGUGUAGGGACCCCGUAUUACCUUUCACCUGAGAUAUGUGAAAAUCGACCUUACAACAACAAAACAGAUAUUUGGUCUCUUGGCUGUGUGCUUUAUGAGCUGUGUGCAUUAAAACAUCCAUUUSAAGGCAAUAGUUUGCAUGAACUGGUGUUGAAGAUUUGCAGAGGACGUUUUCAACCCGUGUCUCCUAACUACUCCUAUGAUCUGAGGAUAUUAAUUUCCCAGUUAUUUAAAAUACCUCCGAGAGAUAGACCAUCCAUCAAUUCUAUUCUAAGAAAGCCCUUCUUGCAGAAAUUUGUUCUCAGGUAUUUGCCCCCUGAGGUAGCACAGGAAGAACUCAAUCACACUGUGAUACACAGGAAAAGGCCUUCAGCUUCCCAAUCUGGAACCAAGCAAAUACAAGCAUAUAAGCUUCAGAAAGAAAUAGUCCAGGAUCCAGUUUCUCCAGAAUCUGGAAUGGUGCUGCCUGUCAAGAAAAAAGAUUUAUUUCAAAGAAAUGAAUGGAAACCUCCUUUGAGAGGACAACAGCCAAUUAUUCAGACCUCCAGAUUUAGCAUGGCAGAAAGGCCAGAAAGCCUUAGAGUGUGUGGCAACUAUGAYCAUUACUAUGAAAAGCUUGACAACUUGCAGAGGAAACCUAAUGCACAUUAUGAGCUCUCUCAUACCAGCCAAAGAGAUGAAGAAUACUGUCAACUAAAAGGACGAGUUGCAUCUCCACCUCCACCAUCUGACUGGACUGCAGAAUUUCUUCAAAGGCGAUUUGAAGCCCAGCAGUACAAGAUUAAAGUGGAGAAACAGAUGGGACURAGACCAUCCUCUGCUGACCCAUAUUGUGACCAAAUACAGCAGCAGGAAAUAAAGGAAAAGCAUCUCAAAAAACAUCAGCAAAACGUGUCUAGAAAGAAUGAAAUGAAAGAACAGGAGUAUUUGAAACAAUUGCAGAAAAUUCGGGAAGAAUACCACAGUGAUAUAAAAGAAUUCAGAUUUAGAGCAGGAAUACUCCAGGAGAACCAGAAAAUACAAGAUAAAACCUACCUYGUGAAGCAAGGGAAAGCUGAGCUCCAGUCUGAAAACAAAGAUACRCCAGGAGCAGGGGAAGAAACACUCCAGGAAAUGGAGGAAAACUUUAAACAAGUCAGACUCCAGGAUAGGCAAGACCAAACAAUAUUAGAAAAGAAACACAACACAAAAGGAGGAGUAAAAUUUGAAAUUAAUUUAGAUGUAUGUUUUCCUGAAGAAGAGAGCAUUCCAGAAGCAGAGGCACUAGAUAAACUCAGUGAGACUUUAACUUKUGUGGAUGGUGAGAACCUUAGGGAGAAAUUGGCAGAGAAAUUUCAAAUUUGUGAAAAUCAUGUGGACAGARCUUUGGAAGAACUAUCUGGCUACCAAACAGAAUCUAAUGCCAUACCUGAUACAAAAAAACCCAGAAAACAUUGGCAAGCUGGAGCUCCUCAGACACUACUGAAUUUUUUAGCUGAUGCUGAUGUCACAUCUGCAUGUCCUACUAUAGCUGGAAAUGAACUUGGUGCUGACCAUGCUAUUCUGCCUGCAGACAUCCCAGAAAGCAGGAAGCAGUGGGAACAGACACCACCAGAGACCCUCCUGAGCAUCUUAGCAAAAGCAGAGCUGUCUAAUGAUUCCUUUGUCUAUUUUGAAGAAGACAUAGAAGGGAGAUUAACUUUGUUGCCUCCAAAAGAAACCAAGGAAGAUUAUUCAGAAACAUACUCUGCUGUUGCUGUUGAUGAAUGUAGACUUGAACCAAGAUCAGAUGAUGAAGACACAAAUUUUGAGGAUUCUGAAGAUGAACUUAGACAUGAGCUGGAAAAAUCUCUGGAAAAACUGGCAACUUCUCCAGCAGAGAGAACCAUGGAGUCUCAUAUCUUUUCAAUAAAUAAAGGUCAAACAGAUGAAGAAAAGAUUAGUUUACCUCACAAACUACUUGGAAAAUCUGAGCAUGGUUUAAAAAAUAAUAAUGAGAAAUUUGAUGUUGACACACAUCAUGAAAAAUAAUUAAAAUUAAUAGAAGG